AUGUCUAUUAAGCAGUAUGCCUAUAAGGGCUUCGGCGAGAACAACCAGAGAGACUACUGGUACUCAUCAGCCGUUCGAACCGGUGAUUUCAUUCAUUGUGCCGGGCAAGGAGGCUACCUGGACGAGCAUGGCACCCAGCCUCUGACCAUCGUUGAGCAGAUCGACCAGGCCUUUAUCAAUGUGGAUAAAGCCCUUAAGAGUGCGGGCGGUGCUGGUUGGCCACAAGUAUACCGAGUAAAUUCAUUCCACGUUCAGCUAGAUCCCCGUUCACAGGAGGCGAUGGUGCGCAACUUCAAGAAAUGGAUGCCGGAUACCCAUCCUACUUGGACCUGUGUUCAGAUUAGUAGACUUGGCGACGAUAACAUGUGGGUUGAGAUCGAAGUAUCUGCCUAUGACCCAGAGGGAGCCAAGAGGGAGGGAACCAGCAAGCCCUAA